AUGAGGAAAAUACUUGCCAUUUGUCUCAGCCUUGCGACCCAUUUACAUGCAGGCAGCACCAACAAUGCUACUUACUUCUCUACAUCAACGGCUUCUUCGCUAGACAGCUCUAUCUCCUUUCUAGAGGCGACCGCUCCAUCUUCAGCCUUUGACAUGGACGAACAGUUGGCUAAGAUAGCUGAUAUCUGCCUGACCCUUCGAGAGCACGAGCAGCUAACGGGUGACAUUCUUCGACACGGAAUGGCGCGAAUUUUCAAUGUAAAUUUGGUGAACGAAGCGCAAGCUGUCAUUGGUCUUGAGGAGCUACGUGCUGUGUUAGGCUUUGCCCCACCCGGGAAUUGGACAAACUAUAAGGAACCCAGCAGAGAGGAAAUCGCAGCCGCCCUCACUAUCGAAGAGUACUACGAGCUAAGGGAACCACGCAGUAAGAUGCGUAGCCUUAAUAGCACGCUAUUCUUUGAGAAGAACUUCCCUCCCGCCAUAGCGUUCUUGGACAUGCGAAUGCCAGCCAUUCGUGCCAUUUAUCGACUUAAGUUUGAAGAAAUUCGUCGUCAUCAUGGUCCAAAAGGCAUAGCAGACAGGAAAGAGAUUGAUCGCAUGCUUGAAGAUUUUCGUACCACUUCUCUCCGUAUCGACCGUGCAUUUCAACAAAUCUUUCUUAGAAAUUCUCUAUGCCUGCUAACUAAGGGAAUGCUUCACAAUUGA